AUGGCUUCCGCUCUUGGACGCCGUCUUUGGCGAGCUCUCGCGUCAACUGGCUUCUCCUCGCCCGAAUACUUGCCCCUCGCGCCCGGCUUUGUGGCUCCAUCAUUGUUCUUCCUUUCUCCCGCCCAACUAUGGAUAGGUUCGCUUAUCUCCAGAGUCAACAAAGCCACAACCAUUGAAGAAGAUUGGCUGCCUCAGUUUGACCAGUCGGCUGCCGCUCUGCGCAGAGUCUUUGGCGCUCUGAGAGGGCAGCAUGGGGGGGUUGCAGCGUUUCUGUUGCAGUUUGAUACGGGAGGGAUGUUGGUUCUUGGUGGCGCUUUAGAGAUGAUGAGUGCCGCGGCAGCUUUAGGAGCCCCUCUCAUUCUUCACAGGUUCCUCCGAUCCACCGACAGCGUGUCGUUGGCAAGCGCCAUGGUUCUCUGCACGCUGCUGGCUACGCUCUGCGGCCGUGCCAAAGACCAGGUAUGCCGUGUGCACUCUGCCUGGAUCGAGUGCAUGUUGCGCAGUGUCAUUUUCGACAAGAGCUUGCACUUGUCGCCCGCGGCGAGGAUUUCACAUCCGCCCGCCAAGGUCAUCAAUGUCAAUGCUGUUGACGUCAGCUUCCUGACCAACUACGUUCUGAAGAUUCACGAUGUCUGGGCCGCCCCUCUUCAGAUCAUGGGCAUCGCUGUCCUGACCUUUGGUGUCAUGGGCUGGACAAGCGUAUUUGGUUUCGGACUCGUGGCCGUAAUAUUCGUCGGCCAGACCGCCCUUGGUCGCCGCAUUGGGCAGGCAGUGGGCGGAUACGUCCGUCACAACGAUGCCCGCCUUGGCGCUUACCGCGACCUACUGAACAAUAUCCAAGGCGUCAAAGCCACCGCCAUUGAGGACGUGUUCCAGCGCAAAAUUACACGCGCUAGAUCCAUGCAGCUGGAAGCUCUGCGGUACUGGCUGCGGACGUCGUUUGCCAUGUUUACGGCCGUGAACCAAACCACGCCUUAUCUAGCGGCAUGCGCCGCCUUCUUGGCCUAUGCCAUGUCAGGGGCCAAGCUCACUGCCGACGUGGUGUUUCCUUGCCUCGCAUAUUUCCAGAUGCUGUAUCAGCCAGUCACCCUGGCUUCCCUCGCGUUUUCCCGGCAGUUUUCUGUUCGCCCGUCACUGGGGCGCGUGCACGACUUGCUGACUGCCCAAGAAUCACGCAUGCUGCUGUCUGAAGCAGGAAGCGAGGCCAGGCAUUCCGCGAUAUCGUUUCAGUCGGCAUCGUUUGAGUGGCCAAGAGAUGAAAAGGACGAUGCGGCGACUCUGGAUGUGGGGAGCUUGGAGAUUCCGCGGAAUCAACUGACCGCAGUCAUUGGUCGAAAUGGCGCCGGUAAGACGUCCUUAUUGCUGGCUAUGCUGGGCGAAAUGGACUUAUCGCUCGGCAGCUACCAGCUCAACGGGCACGUGGCGUACUGUUCUCAGAAUCCCUGGGUCAUGUCCGGCGCCUUGCAAGAUAAUAUUGUAUUCAACAACUCAAGAGGAUACGACGCCCGUCGAUACGAUGCCGUCGUGUCUGCUUGCGGACUAAAUGUUGACUUUGCAAAUAUACCAGGGGGCACGCGAGACGCGACCGUUGGCGAAUCAGGAAGCAACCUCAGCGGCGGACAAAGGGCGCGUGUUUCGCUUGCGCGAGCCAUGUAUUCCGAUGCUGACAUCUUGCUUCUCGACGAUCCACUUUCUGCACUGGAUGCACAUGUGCGCGUCCAGCUGUUUGGCUCUCUGAGAGCCAUAAAUAAGACGAUAGUCCUGGUCACGCUCCAUACUUUGUUUGUUUCGCAGAUGGAUCAUGUGAUUGUCGUAGACGACAACAAGGUACGAUGGAGUGGACCAAAGCAGGCGUUUCUCGCACAGAGCUGGAGUAGCGAGUUUCUAGGCCUUGAAGAAUCGCAUCAGAGACCUAAACAUAGCGGCAAGUCGCACAACGGGUUGAGCAGCGGAGACGACGUCGGGCUUGCAGACGAUGUCACGGAUGGCGUCGGCGGAGAUAUCGAUGGCAUCUGGCAGCAAGAGGAGAGAGCCCAGGGAGCUGUACAGUUUGUCGUGGCCAAAUUCUACAUCGCAAUGUCAGGUGGAGGGCCGUAUGCCGGUCUCGUCAUGGCCAUGGCUUGCAUAUUGACCGCCAGCAAGGUUCUCUCUCAGUACUGGUUCGUGUGGUGGAUCGCAGACUCUAUCGGACUAAGUCAGCAGCAGUACAUGGGCAGUUUCUUGGGCUUGACGCUUUUGCAAGGCCUUGUUACUAGUGUUGUCGGUCUGACGCUUGUCCGUACCAGCCUGAGAGCCGCACAGGCGGUGCAUGAAACCAUCCUGUCCAAUAUCAUCGCCGCACCGCUCUGGUUCUUCCAUCAGAACCCCACAGGUCGUAUUCUCAACAGGCUCUCCAAAGACAUAGAGGCCAUGGAUAGUAGAAUCAUGAAUGCUGUGGAUGGGCUGCUCGGGGCUGGCACCACAAUGCUCGCCUCCGUGUCUAUUGUUGCUGCAAGCGGUGUAUUUCUUACCGCUGUCAUCUUCCCUUUUCUGCUCGUCGUUGGCUACUGCCUGCAUAGAUUCAGAGUAACGGCUCGCGAAGUCCAGCGGCUGGACGCCGUCCUUCAAUCACCUGCUUUGUCUAUGGUAACAGAAUCACUUAAAGCUGCUUCGUCAGUAAGGGCAUAUCGAGCGGAAUCGUUCCUCAUCGCUCGUCAUGGCCAAGCUCUAGACCGUCUCGCUUCUGCCAAAAUCUGCCGACAGUCACUUGACACGUGGAUCACGUUUCGCGCUGAGUUGACAGCAGCCUCCGUCUUACUGGUCCUCGUCAUACUGACGCUCAACGGCAUUAUUCCUCAAGUCAGUGCCAGCCUUGCGCUGGCCACAGCGACAACUCUCGCACGCCAAGUGUACCUCCUCGCGUGGGCUUGCACAGACCUGGAGAUUCAGCUAAACGCCGUUGAGCGUCUUCAAACGUACCAUGCCCGAAUCCCUCGCGAGGGCCCCGAGCCGGAUCCGUCGUCUACUGAUGGGCAUGAUGACAGUGGCCUUUCGUGCACUGACAUUGUGAUCAAAGACGCCUCUCUGAAAUACAAGACGCGCAAGACUCCGGCACUCGAUAAAGUUUCUCUCACGUUCAGGAGCGGGGAAAAGGUCGGCUUGAUCGGGCGCACAGGCUCCGGAAAGUCUACCCUCAUAUCUGUGAUAUCAAGAUUGGUGGAUAUACAAGACGGUAAAAUAUAUCUCGCAGGUCUUGACACGACUACUAUUGAGCCGCGAAAGCUGCGUCGCAUGGUCUCAACGCUGCCUCAGGAGACGCUCAUCUUUCAAGGCACCUUGCGAGAGAAUAUAGAUCCGCGCCGUCAACGGUCGGAUGGAGACAUCUGGACGGCAUUGGAGGCUUGCCAAAUGAGUAGUGUCCUAAAGGCCAAGUAUGGGGAAAAUGCCCUCGAUCAGGAGCUGUCGUCUGAUGGUACAGACUUAUCCGCAGGCCAGAGACAGCUCGUGUGCGCUGCGCGCGUUGUGCUCGAGCAACCAGCUGUGUUACUAGUUGAUGAAGCGUCGGCAAAUGUUGAUUUUGCAUCUGACGAAGCACUACAACGUGCUUGGCAAGCUCUGCCCUCGGAAACAACCGUGAUCAUGAUUGCUCAUCGAGCUAGCUCCCUUGCCUGGAUGGAUCGCAUUCUAGUCAUGGAUAAUGGCCGAGUCAUCGAAGACGGAAGUCCAGCCGACCUGCUAGGCCGACAUGAUUCAUAUUAUCGGUCGUCUAUUUUGCAAGAUGGCCGGAUGGCGCUUCAUAAUGCCAUGCAGACAGCAGAAAGUCAUCGCGCAGGCAAAUAG